UUUCUGUUAAAAAGUCAGUCAUUCAAUCUUGAAUAUGUGCAUACAAACUCAGUUAGCCAUAUCUGGUCUUGCAUCUCUGCCUCUAAAACUCUUCAAUUCCCUUACCAAAAAAAAAACUGAAAUGGAUGUGUUGAAGGCCACUAGUUGGGAGCAGGAAUCAUACCCAAUACCCAAAGACUUGGUGUUCGUUCCCCUCUUAGCUCUCAUCUUCCCUACAGUUCGCCUUUUUCUUGACAGAUAUGUUUUUGAGAAUUUAGCUAGACGAUUGAUUUUUGGAAAGAAUCAUGCUGUAUUGGACGUCUCAACAGAUGUUAAGAGGAAGAAAAUCAAUAAAUUCAAAGAGUCAGCAUGGAAAUUUAUCUAUUUUCUUUCUGAAGAGCUUCUGGCUCUUUCUGUCACCUAUGAUGAGCCAUGGUUCACUAAUACCAAAUACUUUUGGGUAGGACCUGGAGAUCAGGUCUGGCCAGAUCUGAAAAUUAAAUUAAAAUUGAAGGGAUUGUACAUGUAUUCUGCCGGAUUUUAUUUGUACUCCAUCGUUGCUUUGGUCUUUUGGGAAACAAGACGUUCAGACUUUUUGGUAUCAGUGGCUCAUCAUGUAGCAACUGUUAUAUUAAUCACGUUGUCAUACAUAUUUAAGUUUGCUCGUGUUGGUUCAGUUAUUUUAGCUGUCCAUGAAGGAACUGAUGUGAUUCUGGAAGUUGCAAAGAUGUCAAAAUAUAGUGGCUUUGAGGGGAUGGCAAGCAUUUGUUUCGUCACGUUCGUUUUAUGUUGGACUGUACUCCGCCUUAUCUACUACCCAUUCUGGAUAAUUUGGAGCACUAGCUAUGAAGUUCUUUUGACCUUGGACAUGGAGAAGCACAUGAUAGAUGGAUCUAUAUAUUAUUAUUUGUUCAAUACUCUUCUGUUCUGCUUGCUCAUUAUUCAUAUCUAUUGGUGGAAGUUGAUGGUUAUAAUGGUGGUGAAUCAAAUUCAUGCACGAGGCCAGAUCAGUGAUGAUGUUAGAUCCGAUUCUGAAAGUGAUACUGAACACAAUGAUUGACAAUCAAGGAAUAUUGAAGAACACCAAGGGCGUUUUGCAAUGAUAGUUUCCUUGCUUCAGCAUGAUUUAUGCUGCUAUUUUUCAGGCAGAUAGACGUCUCUAUGCUACUUUUUCUCAUCAGAACACUAAGAUACAUUGGGCUGUACUGGUCUGUUAUUUAUAUAACUAACGGAUGUCCUGCGCAA